UGUAACCCAUGGGGUUCGCCGUGGAAGAGCCUAUGACCCAUAAGCUACAGUAGGCAACCGUUAAACCAUCAUUUUCAACAUCAAACUCACAGAAAAUGUUCAGUCACUGCAGUGAGCAGCAACUAAAUCAAUUAUUUUCUCGAGAUAUAGAAUUCCUAUCGCUCCUAAUCUAUCAGCUAUAAGACAACAGUUGUGUUGUUCUUCCAUUGUGGUCUUGGUGAAAUCUCUUCCAUUAGAUAUCAACCUAAUCCGUAUGUAUCUUCUUCUUCGUUUAUUGUGUCGAAGUGGUUUGAUGAAAUGCCUCAAUGAAGCAACGUCGUAGUAACGUGGAGACGUUGAAGAUUUUUAACGAGCGGGUGAUGUGCACAACGAAACAAGGCCAAUGGCAGGUGGUUGUCGACUUGUCGUCAUUUUGAAUGGACCCGACCGAUCAGAUUCAAAUCGAACCGACUUCUCGGUUUGAAUUACAAGAUCGGGUUGAGUUGGUUUAAUCGCUGAUAGAAUAAUCCAUGGCAACCGAGAAACCCUAAUUCAUCUAAACUCUUCUGCGGACUGCGACUCUGCGAUGAAGUCACAACUUCCAGCUUGCCAUGACCACCAAAAGAAUUUCAGCCUCGCUGUCGCCACCAAGCUGCGCUCUCUCCGCUCACAGUUAAUUUCUCACUUUUUCUCUCCUUGUUUCUCACCAAGUUAGAAUUCCAGAUCUUACUUGCUUGUACCACUCCUUGUAUUCAAAGGCUAUCAAAUCUUUCGCUGAUCAGAUCCUCUCCUGGUGCUGACUGUUAAUCCUCCCUUUUCUAUUGCCUGUUUUUUCAAGCUCAUUCUUUCUUCAAGCAGAUUUGGUGCAAAGCAAAUCAUUGAUUUUGAAGCUUGUUGAUUUCCCAAAAUUCGGGGAAACCCAGCGAAUGUGUUAAGCAGCAUGGCAUUGGAGUUGUUGAGACAAAAUUUUAUAUUAUCUCCACUGGAGGGAAUUUUGAACAGUGUAUAUGACAUAUCCCACAGACUAUAGACUUUGAUGUGACACAGUUUUGGACACAGUGGAUCUUUAUAUUUCUUCUACAGUAAUGGAUUCUAAUAUCACCACUGGCAGUACAAUUUAUGAACCACGUGAUGAUAUGGUCUUUGAUUCACAUGAAGAUGCAUAUUCAUUUUACAAAGAAUAUGCCAAGUCUGUUGGGUUUGGUACUGCCAAAUUGAGUAGCAGGAGGUCAAGGGCAUCAAGGGAGUUCAUUGAUGCAAAAUUCUCAUGUAUAAGAUAUGGAAAUAAACAGCAGUCUGAUGAUGCGAUUAAUCCACGACCUUCUCCAAAAAUUGGUUGCAAAGCAAGCUUGCAUGUGAAGAGAAGACCUAAUGGGAAAUGGUAUAUUUACAGUUUUGUGAAGGAGCAUAAUCAUGAGCUCUUACCAGCCCAGGUGCACUUCUUUCGAAGCCACAGAAAUGCUGAUCCUCUUAAGAAUGAUGCUAGAAUAAGGAGACGAAAGAAUAUGACUGCAGUGUCCAAAUUAUUUGGCGCAUAUCAAAAUGUUGACUGUUUGGAUGGAUAUAUGAGAAAUCAGCAUGAUAAAGGAAGAAGUUUAGUACUUGAAGCAGGAGAUGCUCAAAUACUACUUGAACUUUUUAUGCAUAUGCAGGAAGAAAACCCCAAGUUUUUCUAUGCUGUUGAUUUCAAUGAAGAACAUAAAUUGAGAAACUUGUUCUGGGUUGAUGCAAAAGGAAUGGAAGACUACAACAACUUCGGUGAUGUUGUUUGUUUUGAUACUACAUAUUUCACCAACAAGUACAAAAUCCCUUUGGUUCUGUUUAUUGGAGUGAACCAUCAUAUUCAACCUGUAUUGCUUGGUUGUGCAUUGAUUGCAGAUGAGACAAUUUACACCUUUUUCUGGUUAAUGCAGACAUGGUUUACUGCCAUGGGGGAGCGAGCUCCAAGAGUAAUACUCACUGAUCAAAACAAUGCCAUAAAAACAGCUAUUGGAGCUGUCUUUCCCCAAACACGCCAUUGUUUUUGCUUGUGGCACAUAUUGGAGAAGAUCCCCCGGCAGCUGGAGUAUUUGAGUCCAUGGCUUGAUAGUUUUAUGGUAAAAUUUAACAAGUGUAUAUUUAAAUCAUGGACAGAGGAACAGUUUGAAAAGAGAUGGUGGAAAUUGCUUGAAAAAUUUAAUCUUAGAGAGGUUGAAUGGGUACAAUCAUUGUAUGAUGAUCGUAAAUAUUGGGUUCCUACUUUCAUGCGAGAUGUGUCCUUUGCUGGUUUGUCUACAAUAAUGCGCUCUGAGAGCGUGAACUCUUCAUUGGACAAAUAUGUGCGCUGGGAAACAUCAAUGAGAGAGUUUAUAGAGCAAUACAGAUUAAUUCUUGAAGAUAUGUAUGAGGAAGAAGCCAGAGCAGAUUUUGAUUCAUGGCAUGAAACACCUGAGUUGAAGUCUCCAUCACCUUUUGAGAAACAAAUGUCAUUUGUAUAUACGCAUGAGAUUUUCAAAAAAUUUCAAUUUGAGGUUUUGGGAGCAGCUGCUUGUCAUCUUAAGAAAGAAGAAACUGAGGAUGAGACUACCACAAUUUAUACUGUAAAAGAUUUUGAGGAUAAUCAAAACUAUAUGGUGGAGUGGAAUGAAUCAAAAUCAGAGAUAUGUUGCUUAUGUCGUUCAUUUGAAUACAAAGGUUAUCUCUGCAGGCAUGCUAUCGUCGUUCUACAAAUGUCUGGUGUGUUCAGAAUCCCGCCUAAAUAUGUAUUGCAGCGGUGGACAAAUGCUGCUUUGAGUAGGCAUUCUAUAAGUGAGAGACUGGAUGAGGUGCAAACUAAGGUGCGUCGUUACAAUGAUUUAUGUCGACGAGCAAUAAUAUUGGGUGAAGAGGGUUCGCUUUCUGAAGAGAGUUACAAUAUUGCAUUAUGUGCCAUAAAAGAAGCUCUGAAGCAAUGUGCAAAUCUGAACAACUCUGUUGAGAAUUGUGUUGGUCCUACCACCCUAGUUAGCAUUGAGGAAGAGAAUCAUAGUGCUUCUACAUCCAAAGAUGUAGCAGAUGCUCACUCCAUUAGUGCUAAUAACUCUUCCAGGAGAGUUGAAGCUGGAAAGGAAAAGGAAAAUGAUGAAAGUAACACAUUUAGAAAAGGAAAGGUAGUACCUCAAUCAGGAUCUGUUAAUGGUGGGGUGCCGGAUAGCUUCCACCUAGUGGAGAUGUGCGACCUAAGUGCUGUGCAAUCACAUAAUAUGGUGUCAGCACAGUUACAGAAUGUGGUUCCAACUGUGUUUCAUAGUAUGACAUCAACACAAUUUCAUAGCAUGGCUCCAUCUCAUCUGCCUGAGGCUCGACUUCCUCGGUAGCCUGCUUUUGUAUUUUCAUGUAAAGAUUCUGUAGAACUUGAUGACUAUAGGACUGUAGGAGAAGAACAACCUAACCAAUUUGCAGGUACGAUCAUUGGCCAAGGUAUGAGAAGUCUGCUGUGCAGUCCACAAAAAUUUUGUUUCAGUGACCAACUGAAGUUGGAAAAGUAGGAUAAGCUGGCUUUAACUUGUGCAUAAAUUAUUCAUGUAUACAGUUGUUUUUAUUUCCUCCUGUUUACUGUCAACAGGACUGUAAGUCAUUUAUGGGGCAGGCCCUCACAAGAUGCGAUUGUAAAACCUCUUGAAAAAAAUCAGUGUUUUUAGAUUAAUUUGCACUUGUAGCA